UGAGGUCCUGACAGGGACGGAGCUCGAGGUUCAGACUCUGAUUAGUUAACCAAACAUUUGUCAUGGUUGGCUACAUGGUCCCACACCCACUCGUCCACAGGAGGGUUUGAUCCCCCGGCACACACACACACACACACUUCCCUGCACAGGACCGUGGCUCCUCUCUCUCUGCAGAGAUCUCUCCACCACACGAAGGAACCCUCUGAACCAUGUCUCUGCUCACGCACCUGCUGGCGUGUCUCUUCGGGAUGGGCUCCUGGGUGUCCAUCAACGGCCUGUGGGUGGAGCUGCCCCUGAUCGUGCCCCAGAUCCCCGAGGGCUGGUACCUGCCCUCCUACCUCUCCAUCCUCAUCCAGAUGGCCAACGUGGGGCCGCUCUUCGUCACCCUGAUGCAUCGCUUCCGGCCCGGCGCCCUGAACGAGACGGCCGUCAUCUACGUGAUCAUCGGUCUGGGCACCGCGGCCAGUUUCCUGCUGGGCUUCUUCUGGAAGGAGACGGUGGUCGUGGCAGGCGUCAGUCGCAGCGUCGCCCUCCUCGUCUUGACUUUCUUCCUCGCCACCGUGGACUGCACGUCCUCCGUCACCUUCCUGCCCUUCAUGAUGCGCCUCAAGCCUCAGUAUCUGACCACCUACUACAUCGGGGAGGGGGUGAGCGGCCUGCUGCCUGCUCUGGUGGCUCUGAUCCAGGGCGUUGGCGUGGUCCGCUGCCUGAACAGCACACAGUCUCUGACCCACAGCCUGAACGGCUCUGUGACCUUUGACCUCCAGGCCCAGUAUCAACCAGCAAACUUCUCCCCCGAGGAGUUUUUCUUCUUCCUGAGCGCCAUGAUGCUGGUGUGCCUGGUGGCCUUCCUGCUGCUGAACUACCACCCCUCCGUGGCCCGAGCGCAUCCCACCGGCCGCUACACAAACGGCGUGAAGGAGGAAUCGAACAAGAACAGGAAGUGGGCCGAGCAGAAGACGAUGAUGGAUCCGUACGAACCCGAGAACCAGAAUCGCCGAAGCAGUUUUGGCACCGGGGCUUACAGCUGGAUGCAGGUGCUCUACAUCUUUGUGAUUCUGGCCUGGACCAACGCUCUGACCAACGUGGUGCUUCCCUCGGUGCAGUCGUACUCCUGCCUGCCGUACGGGAACAAGGUCUACCACCUGUCAGCCACCAUGGCCGCCGUGUCCAACCCGCUGGCCUGCUUCAUCGCCCUCUUCCUCCCCAUAAGAUCCCUGCUGAUAAUGGCAGCUCUCACCGUGGUCGGCAGCGGAGCUGGAGCUUACAUAAUGGGCACGGCGGUGCUGAGUCCAUGUCCUCUGCUGGUUAAUGAAACCUCGGGCGGUGUCAUCAUAGUGCUGGCCUGGAUCCUCUUCAUCCUCACUCUGUCCUACGUGAAGGUGAUCAUCGGCGUGAUCCUGCGUGACGAGGGCCACAGCGCCCUGGUGUGGUGCGGGGCGGUGGUGCAGCUGGGCUCCCUGCUGGGGGCCGUGACCAUGUUUCCACUGGUCAGCGUGUACAGCUUCUUCUCAUCAGGGGACCCGUGUAACACAAAGUGUCCCUGAACCACGAGCACACACUGGUUUCCCUCCUGACCUCCAGGGGGAGCCACGUGAGAAUCAUGUGAAGACUUUUUCCUCCUUGUGACGUACGUUUGAAUUUCAUUUAUUAGAAAAACACGAGAAAGUACGAUGUAAUGUGAAUAUAUACUUUGUUAUAAAUGUGUCUGUAGAUCUUUAUUUACAUUUGUUGAAUCCUGAACAUCUGCCAGCAGUGAAAGUCCAUUUAACAGACAAAUCAUCAACAUGAGUAUAGAAUCCAAAUAGUGAUUAAAGUUAUUCACAAAAUAUUGAAGCUUAUUUACCAUUUCAAAGUUACUUUACCUCAUUGUCUUAAAACUGUGUGAAGCUUUUCAUUCUCAUUUGUCUGUAGAUUAAAACUUGUUUAUUUGAAUUUACCGGUUUGCUUGUAACUGAAUGAAUAACUUUUGUAUUGAGAUGUGUUUUAAUCCUGUUGUUUACUGAUGAUAUAUCACAUCACAUCAUAAAGGUAUAAACCCUUAUUAAUGAAGAAACAUGCAACACGU